UCCUUCAGCGGAGGGGCGGAGAAGGGUUCCCAAAGCCAUAACUCCUUUUAGGGGGAUUUAGAGGCAUACAAAAGCCCCUGGCUGAGGACUUGCUCCCUCAUUCCUCAGUCGGUGCCAGAAUUCUUGAUCCUGCACUGGGAGAAAAUGUCUAUCCAGAGCCAGAGGAACGAGUCUCCCCAUGAGGCCAGAAAGUCAAUGAUGCAUUCAGCAGAGAGUGUCAAUAGGGCAGGAGUGGAACACCCAGCUGGUGGCUACAAGAAGCUAUUUGAAACUGUAGAGGAACUGUCCUCACCACUCACAGCUCACGUGACAGGCAGGAUCCCUGUCUGGCUCACCGGCAGUCUCCUUCGAUGUGGGCCAGGACUCUUUGAAGUUGGAUCUGAGCCAUUUUACCACCUGUUUGACGGGCAAGCCCUCCUUCACAAGUUUGACUUUAAAGAAGGACAUGUCACAUACCACAGAAGGUUCAUCCGCACUGAUGCCUACGUGCGUGCAAUGACUGAGAAAAGGAUUGUCAUAACAGAAUUUGGCACCUGUGCUUUCCCAGACCCCUGCAAGAAUAUAUUCUCCAGGUUUUUUUCCUACUUUAGAGGAGUGGAGGUUACCGACAAUGCCCUUGUAAAUGUCUACCCAGUGGGGGAAGAUUACUAUGCCUGCACAGAGACCAACUUUAUUACAAAGAUUAAUCCAGAGACCUUAGAGACAAUUAAGCAGGUUGACCUUUGCAACUAUGUCUCAGUCAACGGAGCCACUGCCCACCCCCACAUUGAAAGUGAUGGAACCGUUUACAACAUUGGUAAUUGCUUUGGGAAAAACUUUUCAAUUGCCUACAAUAUUGUAAAGAUUCCUCCACUGCAAGCAGACAAGGAAGAUCCAAUAAGCAAGUCAGAGAUCGUUGUACAAUUCCCCUGCAGUGACCGAUUCAAGCCAUCUUACGUCCAUAGUUUUGGUCUGACCCCCAAUUACAUCGUUUUUGUGGAGACACCAGUCAAAAUUAACUUGUUCAAGUUCCUUUCUUCAUGGAGUCUUUGGGGAGCCAACUACAUGGACUGUUUUGAGUCCAAUGAAACCAUGGGGGUUUGGCUUCAUAUUGCUGACAAAAAAAGAAGAAAAUACCUUAAUAAUAAAUACAGAACCUCUUCCUUCAACCUCUUCCAUCACAUCAACACCUAUGAAGACAGUGGGUUUCUGAUUGUGGACCUCUGUUGCUGGAAAGGAUUUGAAUUCGUCUAUAAUUACUUAUAUUUAGCUAAUUUACGUGAGAACUGGGAAGAGGUAAAAAAAAAUGCCAGAAAGGCUCCUCAACCGGAAGUUAGAAGAUAUGUACUACCUUUGAAUAUCGACAAGGCUGACACAGGCAAGAAUUUGAUCACACUCCCCAACACAACAGCCACAGCGAUUCUGUGCAGCGAUGAGACCAUCUGGCUGGAACCUGAGGUUCUCUUCUCAGGGCCUCGUCAAGCAUUUGAGUUUCCUCAGAUCAAUUACCAGAAGUAUGGUGGGAAACCUUAUACGUACGCCUAUGGACUUGGCUUGAAUCACUUUGUUCCAGACAGGCUCUGUAAGCUGAAUGUCAAAACUAAAGAAAUUUGGGUAUGGCAAGAGCCGGAUUCAUAUCCAUCAGAACCCAUCUUUGUUUCUCACCCAGAGGCCUUGGAAGAAGAUGAUGGUGUAGUUCUGAGUGUGGUGGUGAGCCCCGGGGCAGGACAAAAGCCUGCAUACCUCCUGAUUCUGAAUGCCAAGGAUUUGAGUGAAGUUGCCAGGGCUGAAGUGGAGAUUAACAUCCCUGUUACCUUUCAUGGACUGUUCAAAAAAUCCUGAGCAUAAGAUGUGUUUAUGGUGACAAAACUAAGAAAACUAGCUUCAGUUCUGCAAUCAAAUUUGUUCAAUUUUAGCCUGCUAUAUGUUGUGUUUUUAACUUGCACAUGCACACAAUUUUUCAAUGUCUUAUAGAAGAUAUCUGACCAAACAAUCUCUUUAGAAAAAAGUAUUUUCUUGAUAAAAUAGACCAUAACUGAAAAAUUCUUUUAAUAUUUAGCAAUCAAAUAAGAAAUUAAUGUGGACUUAUUAAACUGAUUUUUGUUCCUAUAUAAAAGAUAAUUUUAGCUAUCUGCUCUAAUGUUUUUUUUUUUAACAUUUAAAACCCAAAGUCUUCUACAUACCUUAUUUGUAUGUAGCUUUGCUGAGUCAAGGCAAAAAGGCUUAAUUACUAAAGUAAAACCAAAAUUUCCAGGGACUAUCAUUUAAGAGUACAUAGCAAUUGCUCUGUGUAUAUGUAACUGCUUAAAGAUCCUUAAUGAACUUUAAUCUCUUUGUUCAAUUUUUUUCAAUUCCAUGCUUAAUUCCAUUAAAUAUUGGCAGUUGCUACCACUUCUGAUUUUGCAGUGAAAAAACCUAUGUCUCAUUGACUGCAGCCUCUCAAUCAAAUAACACCUCAGAGAUUAAGUUAUAUAUUUAAAGCUUAUUUAUGCCAACACAAGUAAAACAUUAGUAGUGACUAAUUUUUUAAAGCAGCAUAAAAUACAAAUAUCAAAUUAAAAUCUGAGUGUGGAAUAAUAUUGAGGGGUUAUAUUAUGUUGCCUCUUCUUUUUCAUUAUAUUUAAGCACUGUGCAAUCAUCUGACGGAAGGCAGAGAAAAAAAUUAACUCACUAACUUUCAAAUAUUAACACAUUUUAAACACUUUGUAUUUAAAUUGCUCUCUUCUGUGCUAUAGAUCACAAGAAAGAAUAGAUAGUGGCAAGCAAAUUAUAUUCUAUAUCUUAAUACUUGUAUUUAUUUUAUGCCCACAAGCAUUACAUAUUAUCAUAUCAUAUUUAAAAUGAUCAGCGUCAUGCUUGACUAGGUAAAAAUAGUUUGAAGGAACAGAUUGACCAGGGUACUUCAGACAUCCAUUUGAUUUCUCUAUUUAGAUAAGAUGAAAACUCAUUUUUUUAAUUUUAAAUACCUGUUGAAAUAUACUUCUUAAAGCAAAUCUAAAUAUAGAAAUAAAAUUUAGAAAGUAAAAUUGCAUAGUGCUCCUCUAAAUUCAGUUACUAUUAAGAUUUGAGUACUGGUCUUUUCAUCUUUUUCUCCCUGCAGAUUUUUAAUAUAAUCAUUAUUUGUCUGUGGAUAAUUUAGAAAUAAAUAAAAAUAUCAAACAAUGAAAAGGGAAAAUGCCAGAGAAUUAUGUAGAGCAUUCACUGUAAAUAAACAUCAGUCCAGCGCUUUUUGCCCCUAGACAGCACAUGGACAGAAUUUCACAAAGAAAGGUAUUUCUCCAUUUCUUUACAAAAUGCAAAAAACAAAUUACUAAAAAAAUUGCUAAGUUUUAGACUUCAAGUCUGAAUUUAAGAGAAUUCCUACAACUGUCACUUCCUUCACUUGCCAAUCACUCACUCCUUGGCUUUUUCCCAUUCAUUCUCCAUGAAGCAAGAGUCACAAUUCAGGGUAUCCACAUCUCCCUCUGUAGUAAGAUCCCCUUCUGAGAUGACUACAGUAUGAAGAAGGGACAGAGGCAGAUUUGACUAAAGUAUCAUUCUAUUAAAGCAUUUCACCAAAGUUGGAAUUCUCCAUCACCAUCAUUGCUAAUAUUAUAGCAAGAGAACUUAGGAUCUGCUUUACAAAUCCAAAGACGGAAUGUGAGCUUUAAAAACUUCAAUCAGAAUGAGGAAGACUUAACUCAAACAGAAAAGGUUAACUUAUAAAUUCAAACUGAAUAAAUUAAGGAAACUUCUUUCAAAGAAAAUGCCAUCCAUCUGGGUGAUUGAGAGAACUAUGUCCCAUAUAAAAACAAAUAAAUCUAAUUUAAGGGAAAAAAAGUACAACUGAAUUAAUGUAAAUCAACUUGCUAAUAAAUAGCUAUUUUUAAAAUAACAAGCUAUUUAGAAUCUUAUAGCUAAGGGGAAAAAGAAUAAAACUUUGGCAUAAUUCAUCAAAAAGUGAUUUAACUGAUAACUACCUCAUGGCAAACAAUCUAGACAGAGUCUCUGUACUAUGUUCUAAAGGAGAAAAUACCAACUGACAUCAAAGGGAAACUAUCUUCCAAAAAUUUUGUGUCAGUAUGACUUCAUCAGCCUACAGUCCAGUUUAAGAAUAAAAUGUUUUCUUCUUUCAGCCUGAGAGGAAGAGUGUAGGCACAUCCCCCAAGGAACACCAGAUCUGCUAAAUCUCUGUCUCAAUGGGAAAAUUAACUCUGAAAAACAGGAUAAAAGAAGCUCACACUACUGUGCACUAAGCACUUUUGUUCUUAUUGCUACAUUCAACAUGGUGCUGUCUUCACUAUUUUAAAGAUGAGACAGAGCUGAGUAUGGUGGUUCACACCUGUAAUCCUAGUGACUCUGAAGGCUGAAGCAGGAGGAUCAUAAGUUCAAAGCCAGCCUCAACAACUUACCGAAACCCUAAGCAACUUAGUGAGACUCUGUCUCAAAAAAUAAAAAGGGUUGUGAAUGUGGCUUAAUGAUUCAAGUGGUUAAGCACCCCUGAGGUUUAAUCCCCAGUUAAAAAAAAAAAAUGAGAAAGAAAUGCCAAGUUACUUUCCUAAAGAGUAAUAAAACUUAGACUGAACUGUAUGUUGAAAUGGAAAGCUUUCUGCCUGAAAAUUUGGUUUUUGAUGCCACUGAAAUAUUCCUAAUGAUUUCAAUUUUCUCUUCAAAUAAAACCAUGAUCAUUCUACUAAGUAA